AUGUCAAGGUUAAUCCCAUUUUUUGGACCGGCUAAAGUUAAAGCUAUCGGAGUAAAUUUCUAUGAGGAAAUCAAACUCAUUUCCACUGUUUCGUGUUUUAUCCACAAAAAAUCCAUUUAUUCACAACUCCUAUUGCAGGCAAGACUAAAACAGAAAAGCUCAACAAUCCAUCCACAUUCAUUCGGCUUAAUCAAUCAACAUCCCAUGGAUAGCAUAUUGCUUUUAUUCAAAAUGGAUGCUUUAAAUUUAUAUAGGCGUGGUCAUUUCUUAAAUUUCGAGAUUGCCUUCGAUACUUAA